CAAGAUGGCGGCGGAAAGUGAGAGAGUGGACAGGAGUAGUCACAGCAUGGAUAAAAGCAUAACUCUUCCACCCGAUGAGAUCUUCAGGAAUUUGGAAAAUGCAAAGAGGUUCGCAAUAGACAUAGGUAUACGCUAAGUUAUAUAUUCGUAUCGCUACUUGAAUGUAUUCACUUGGCUUCUUACUUUGACAACACUGCAGCCACGCACGAGAGGCUAGCAAGCAACGACGUGUUGUCUGGCUGGCUUGUUAGCUUAUUUAAGUAGUUAGCGACCGGUAGCUGGGAAGUUACCGUCGCGCCACUGACUUGCCACAUAAAUGUUAGCUGGCUAAUUAGCGUUUGUUUAUGUGCUAGAUAGCUGCAGGUUUCUCAAAUGGCAAGCUAGCUAAGCCAGCUAAUUUGACCGCUGAGUUGUCGAUAGUCGACUGACGCAAUUAUCUAUCUCACGUGAGCACAAACCUUUUUUUCUCCCACACAGGUGGAUCUCUGACGAAACUCGCCUAUUACUCCACUGUUCAACACAAAGUAGCGAAAGUACGGUCAUUCGACCAUACUGCAAAGGUAUGUGGUGUCAAUAAACGUUGGAAAACUGUCAGUAACUAACGUUAGCUACAUAAGAGCUUGCGUCCAACGUGUAUUGUACUAUUUAAGCCAUUUACUCGGCAACAAUAACAUCAAAUGUCAGUGUUCCAUUGAGGGGCUAAAGUGAUUUGCUGCCCAAGUGCACUGCUAUGCAGUGUUAUUACAAUGUUUAGGCCUGGAGGACUCCUGCCAGAAGAGUUGGGCUUAUCUCUCAGCACACUGAACUGUUUCUUGUCUCAGGUCUCCAAUGGGCCAACCUGAUAAGUGUGUGAAUGUAGCUACGGAAAAGUAAACAAAUUAAGCUUGUAUUAGUUAGAGAGUAGCCAAUAUGUGAUUGCUUGAGUGUGGGGGUUGUGGUAGACAUAUAGGCUACUGAUUCAUGAUGUAGGGCUUCAAAAAGGUGUGUACCUUGGGACAGUGAAUGUGUAGACAUACAGGUCUUACUGAGCCCACUCAGGUUGCCCUGGUGGUCUCGGGUCUGCAGUGCUGGCCUGGUUCUUUAUCUGUGUGUCCCUCUUUACCAGGACACUGAGGAUGACCCCCUCUAUGAGAUCUCUAUGCAGGAGGAGAUCUUGGCUCGCCUUCACUUCAUCAAGUUUGAAAAUGCCUACAUCGAAACCUGCCUGGACUUUAUCAAAGACCACCUGGUCAACACUGACACCAAAGUCAUCAAAGCCACCGGUGGAGGGGCUCACAAGUUCAAAGAUCUCAUAGAGAAGAAACUGAAGCUCAGGUGAGAAAGGAAUAUAUUGUUUUGAGGUAUUUUGUUAAAAUCUAAAACAGCUUUAUUUUUAAAGACAUCUUGACCAGUAUAAGGUUGUGCUUAUUAUAAUGUAGCUGCUCUUCAUGUUUUGACUAGGGUGGACAAGGAGGAUGAAAUGACAUGCCUGAUCAAGGGCUGCAACUUUGUGCUGAGGAACAUCCCCCAUGAGGCUUUUGUCUAUGCCAAGCAUGCAGACUCUGAGUUCCGCUUCCAGAACACUCACCCUGACAUCUUCCCUUACCUGCUCAUCAACAUCGGCUCAGGGGUGUCCAUCAUCAAGGUACCAAUGCCUGACACAAAUCCAGAUCUGGUGUGACAUGUGGCCUAUGUACCAAUUCAUUCAACAAACAAUAUUUCUCUCCAAACAGGUGGAAUCGGAGGAUACAUUUGAGCGUGUUGGAGGAAGCUCCAUAGGUGGGGGUACAUUCUGGGGCCUUGGAGCUCUGCUCACAAAAACAAAGGUAAAACCCCUCCUCACCCCUAUGCUGACACUUCACGCAAUAGGCUUUUUAAAUAGUCAGGUUACCAAAUUAACUGAAAUGUAUAUUCUUAUUUUCUGUUGGUUCUUGACAAAUAUCUUUCCAGUUGACAUUACUGCAACUUUCAUUUUUAUUAUCUGGAGGAAUGCCCUCUGUACUUACAAGCUCUCGUUCUGAUUAGGGUUCAGGGGUUUUUCUGCAUAGAAAAGUAUUGGACUGGCCGCCUAUGUCCAAACAGCAUGACCAUUAUAUAGGUGCACCUUGUGCUGGGGACAAUAAAAGGCCACUCUAAAAUGUACAGUUUUGUCACACAGCACAAUGCCACAUAUGUCUCAACUUUUGAAGGACUGUGCAAUUGGCAGGAAUGUCCACCAGAGCUGUUGCCAGAUAAUUGAAUGUUCAUUUCUCUACCAUAAGCAGCCUCAAUGUCGUUUUAGAAUUUGGCCGUACGUCCUCCCGGCCUCACAACCGCAGACCACGUGUUACCAGACCAGCCCAGGACCUCCACAUCAGGCUUCUUCACUUGUCUGAGACCAGCCACCUGGACAGCUGAUGAAACUGUGGGCUUGCACAACCGAAUAAUUUCUGCUCAAACUGUCUCAUCUGUGUGCUCAUCAUUCUCACCAGGGUCUUGACCUGACUGCAGUUUCGCAUCAUAAACGACUUCAGUGGGAAAAUGUUCACCUUCGAUGGCCACUGGCACGAUGGAGAAGUUUCUUCACGGAUUAAUCACUAUUUCAACUGUGCCGGGAAGAUGACUGACAGCGUGUAUGGCAUCGUGUGGGCGAGCGGUUUGCUGAUGUCAAUAUUGUGAACAGUGUCCCAUGGUGGCGGUGGGGUUAUGGUAUGGGCAGGCAUAAGCUACGAACACAAUUUUAUUUUAUUGAUGGCAAUUUGAAUGCACAGAGAUAACGUAAUGAGGGGUCCCAUGUGACUCAGUUGGUAGAGCAUGGCGCUUGCAAUGCCAGGGUUGUGGGUUUGAUUCCCACGGGGGACCAGUAAGGAGAGAAAAAGUAUAAAAUGUAUGCACUCACUACUGUAAGUCGCUCUGGAUAUGAGCUUCUGCUAAAUGACUAAAAUGUGAUGAGAUGCUGAGGCCCAUUGUCGUGCCAUUCAUCCGCCGCCAUCACCUCAUGUUUCAGCAUGAAGGUGCAUGGCCCCGUGCCGCAAGGAUCUGUACACAAUUCCUGGAAGCUGAAAAUGUCCCAGUUCAUCCAUGGCCUGCAUACUAACCAGAUAUGUUACCUAUUGGGCAUGUUUGGGAUGCUCUGGAUCGACGUGUACGACAGCGUGUUCCAGUUCCCACCAACAUCCAGCAACUUCGCACAGCCAUUGAAGAGGAGUGGGUCAACAUUCCGCAGGCCACACUCAAUAGCCUGAUCAUCUCUAUGCGAAGGAGAUGUCACGCUGCAUGAGGCAAAUGGUCACCAGGAAAUAAAAUUAACGCCUGCCAAAUGCGGGUAGAUUUAGGUAUUGGCGGGUAAGAAUGUCUAUUUCACCAGCCACGUUGGCGGGUGGUCAAUUUGCUUGGCUCUACAGUGCGAGCAUUACAUUUGUGGAUAAAAAUAGUCAAAAGUCAAGUAUAUAAUCACGUUACAAAAAUGCUGCAGUAGCUGUUUUCAAAGUAUUUUUGCUGCUUUGUUUCAUAGCUGCUAAUUGCACAAAUAAAUAUUAAUCCUAUAUCCCACCUUGCGCAGCAAGACUGCCUGGCAGUAAAGUGCAGAUACUGUAGAUGCAAUUUUGGAGGCGCUGAGCACAGGCAUAAAAAUUGUUCUAAUUUACUCAAGUCUACAAAGUGAGACUUUGUCCCCUUGUUUCUUGUCUAUUUACAUUGUUUUGUUCACAAGCUCGGUUGUUUUUCAACUUUAGUUUGAGUCUGCUGCUUCAAUUAAUAGUCAGAUCCCAAAUCUCACACAGACACGUGACAGGACUUGAGUGGCCCCAUUACCACGGUAAUCUCCUGGCCUUAAAGGGGCAGCUGAACAUUUUAUCUCUGCUAUUUUGAUUAAAAGACUUGGGUCACAAAAAAUUAAAUUAAAUUAAAAAACAUACCACAUUAUAUUUUCUUUUUUUUAGGAACAUUACAAAGCAUGGUCAUCAUAAUAUUUAAAAAAAUCUGUGACCAACAGAUGCAUAUCUGUAUUCCCAGUCAUAUAAAUCCAUAGAUUAGGGCCUAAUGAAUUGAUUUCAAUUGACUGAUUUCCUUAUAGGAACUGUAACAGUAAAAUCUUUGAAAUUGUUGCAUUAAUAUUUUUGUUCAGUGUGUGUAUAUAUAUAUAUAUAUAUAUAUAUAUAUAUAUAUAUAUAUAUAUAUAUAUAUAUAUAUAUAUAAAUAAUAAUAUUUUUGAACAUUUUAGGGAAGGAAAAAUGUUUUCAGUGUAAACUUAAACAAGAUAUAAAGUAUGUAGAAAUGAUAAUGGACCUAUAUAUUUUUAAUUAAGAUCAUCUUUGAGAACUAAUAAUCACCAAAAAUAAAAGGUAGACAGUCAGGGAGAAAGAAUUGUAUUAUGUUUGAGUCACUCAAAUAGCAUAAGCCAUGGCCAAAUGUGUAGAAUUGCAGGAAAUACGUUUUGAAACAGCUAAAUUAGGAUAGGAUGAACUUUGGAAAAUUGUCUUCAACACACCGUAUUGCUGUAUACAAAAUACACUGUACAUUACACACUCAACAUGUACCAAACAUUUGGAACGCCUUCCUAAUAUUGAGUUGCACCCCCACUCCCCUUUUGCCCUCAGAACAUCAAUCAAUCAAAUGUAUUUAUAAAGCCCUUUUUACAUCUGCAGAUGUCACAAAGUGCUUGUACAGAAAGCCAGCCUAAAACCCCAAACAGCAAACAAUGCAGAUGUAGAAGCACAGUGGCUAGGAAAAACUCCCUAGAAAGGCAGGAACCUAGGAAGAAACCUAGAGAGGAACCAGGCUCUGAGGGGGGGGGUGGGCAGUCCUCUUCUGGCAGUGCCGGGUGGAGAUUAUAAGAGUACAUGGCCAUUAACACCAGAUCGUUCUUCAAGAUGUUCAUAGAUGACCAGCAGGGUCAAAUAAUAAUCACAGUGGUUGUAGAGGGUGCAACCGGUCAGCAUCUCAGGAGUAAAUGUCAGUUGGAUUUUGAUAGCCGAGCAUUGAGGUCGAGACGGAGAGAGAGACAAAAAACAGCAGGUCCGGGACAAGGUAGCACGUCCGGUGAACAGGUCAGGGUUCCAAAGCCACAGGCAAAACAGCAGAAACUGGAUCAGCAGCACGACCAGGUGGACUGGGGACGGGGACAGCCAGGAGUCAUCAGGCUAAGUGGUCCUGAGAGAGAGAGAGAGAGAGAGAGAGAGAGAAUACUUAAGUUCACACAGGACACCAGAUAAGACGGGAGAAUUUCACCAGACAGGACAGACUGACCCUAGCCCCCCCGGCACAUAGACUAUUGCAGCAUAGAUACUGGAGGCUGAGACAGGGGAGGUCGGGGUGACACUGGCUCUCUCCGACGAUACCCCCGGACAGGGCCAACCAGGCAGGGAUAUAACCCCACCAACUUUGCCAAACGCUCAGUCCCCACACCACUAGAGGGAUUUCAACAGACCUCCAACUUACUACCCUGAGACAAGGCUGAGUAUAGCCCACAAAGAUCUCCGAGACCGUGGGGGCACAAAACCGGACAGGAAAAUCACGUCAGUAACUCAGCCCACUCAAGUCAAGUAUUGCGGAAAAAGCCUUGAAGGGACGGCAUGGAAGAGCACUAGUAAGCAAGUGACUUCGCCCUAGUAAUAGGGUCAGAGGCAGAGAAUCCCAGUGGAGAGAGGGGAGCCGGCCAGGCAGAGACAAAAAGGGCGGUUCAUCACUCCAGUGCCUUGCCGUUCAUUUUCGCACCCCUGGGCCAGACUACACUCAAUCAUAGGACCUACUGAAGAGAUGAGUCUUCAGUAAAUACUUAAGGUCUAGACCGAGUCUGCGUCUCUCACAUGGAUAGGCAGACCAUUCCAUAAAAAUUGAAAGCCCUGCCUCCAGCUGUUUGCUUAGAACUUCUAGGGACAAUAAGGAGGCCUGCGUCUUGUGACGGUAGCGUACGUGUAGGUAUGUAUGGCAGGACCAAAUCGUGGAGCUAGGUAGGAGCAAGUCCAGCUAAUGCUUUGUAGUUUAGCAGAAAAACCUUCAAAUCAGCCCUAGCCUUAACAAGAGGCUAGCACUUGAGUAAUAUUAUCACAUUUUUUGGUUCUAAUCAAGAUUCUGGCAGCCGUAUUUAGCACUAACUGAAGUUUAUAUAGUGCUUUAUCCGGGUAGUGAAGCGUGAUUCAUCACUCCAGAGAACACGUUUCCAAUGCUCCAGUUCAAUGGCGGUGAGCUUUACACCACUCCAGCCGACGCUUGGCAUUGCACAUGCUGAUGUUCGGCUUAUGUGCGGCUGCUCGGCCAAGGAAACCCAUUUUCAUGAUGCUCCCGAUGAACAGUUAUUGUGCUGACAGUCACUGAGCUCUUCAGUAAGGCCAUUCUACUGCCAAUGCUUGUCUAUGGAGAUUGCAUGGCGGUGUGCUCGAUUUUAUACACCUGUCAGCAAUGGGUGUGCUGACAUAGCUGAAUCCACUAAUUUGAAGGGGUGUCCACAUACUUUUGUAUAUACAGUUGAAGUCGGAAGCUUACAUACACCUUAGCCAAAUACAUUUACAUUACAUUUUAGGCAUUUAGCAGACGCUCUUAUCCAGAGCGACUUACAGUUAGUGAAUACAUAUGUUUUUUUUAUUUUUUAUUUUUUAUACUGGCCCCCCGUGGGAAACGAACCCACAACCCUGGCGUUGCAAACGCCAUGCUCUAUCAACUGAGCUACAUCCCUGCCGGCCAUUCCCUCCCCUACACGACGCUGGGCCAAUUGUGCGCCGCCCAUGAGUCUCCCGGUCGCGGCCGGCUGCGACAGAGCCUGGAUUCGAACCAGGAUCUCUAGUGGCACAGUUAGCACUGCGAUGCAGUGCCUUAGACCACUGCUCAAAAAAAUAAAGGGAACACUUAAACAACACAAUGUAACUCAAAGUCAAUCACACUUCUGUGAAAUCAAACUGUCCACUUAGGAAGCAAGACUGAUUGACAAUAAAUUUCACAUGCUGUUGUGCAAAUGGAAUAGACAACAGGUGGACAUUAUAGGCAAUUAGCAAGACACCCCCAAUAAAGAAGUGGUUCUGCAGGUAGUGACCACAGACCACUUCUCAGUUCCUAUGCUUCCUGGCUGAUGUUUUGGUCACUUUUGAAUGCUGGCGGUGCUUUCACUCUAGUGGUAGCAUGAGACGGAGUCUACAACCCACACAAGUGGCUCAUGUAGUGCAGCUCAUCCAGGAUGGCACAUCAAUGCGAGCUGUGGCAAGAAGGUUUGCUGUGUCUGUCAGCGUAGUGUCCAGAGCAUGGAGGCGCUACCAGGAGACAGGCCAGUACAUCAGGAGACGUGGAGGAGGCCGUAGGAGGGCAACAACCUGGUGGAGGGUCCGUCAUGGUCUGGAGUGGUGUGUCACAGCAUCAUCGGACUGAGCUUGUUGUCAUUGCAGGCAAUCUCAACGCUGUGCGUUACAGGGAAGACAUCCAACUCCCUCAUGUGGUACCCUUCCUGCAGGCUCAUCCUGACAUGACCCUCCAGCAUGACAGUGCCACCAGCCAUACUGCUCGUUCUGUGCGUGAUUUCCUGCAAGACAGGAAUGUCAGUGUUCUGACAUGGCCAGCGAAGAGCCCGGAUCGCAAUCCCAUUUAGCACGUCUGGGACCUGUUGGAUCUGAGGGUGAGGGCUAGGGCCAUUUCCCCCCCCCCCCCAGAAAUGUCUGGGAACUUGCAGGUGCCUUGGUGGAAGAGUGGGGUAACAUCUCACAGCAAGAACUGGCAAAUCUGGUGCAGUCCAUGAGGAGGAGAUGCACUGCAGUACUUAAUGCAGCUGGUAGUCACACCAGAUACUGACUGUUACUUUUGAUUUUGACCCUCCCUUUGUACAGGGACACAUUAUUCAGUUUCUGUUAGUCACAUGUCUGUGGAACUUGUUCAGUUUAUGUCUGUUGUUGAAUCUUAUGUUCAUACAAAUAUUUACACAUGUUAAGUUUGAAAAUAAACGCAGUUGACAGUGAGAGGACGUUUCUUUUUUUGCUGAGUUUUAUAAGGUUGAUUUCCAACCUAUGAACACAAUCAUCAAUAUCAAUGGAGCCAAUCACAUUAUCACACUCGACAGAGAAGACCUUUAGGUGCCUUUUGGCAAACUCCAAGCAGGCUGGUGUGCCUUUUGCUGAGGAGUGGCUUCCGUCUGGCCACUACCAUAAAGGCCUGAUUGGUGGAGUGCUGCAGAGAUGGUUGUCCUUCUGGAAGAUUCUCCCAUCUCCACAGAGGAACUCUGGAGCUCUGUCAGAGGGACCAUCGGGUUCUUGGUCACCUCCCUGACCAAGGCCCUUCUCCCCUGAUUGCUCAGUUUGGCCGGGUGGCCAGCUCUAGGAAGAGUCUUGGUGGUUCCAAACUUCUUCCAUUUAAGAAUGAUGGAGGCCACUGUGUUCUUGGGUACCUUCAAUGCUGCAGAAAUGUUUUGGUACCCUUCCCCAGAUCUGUGCCUCGACACAAUCCUGUCACGGAGCUCUACGGACAAUUCUUUCGACCUCAUGGCAUGGUCUUUGCUCUGACAUGCACUGUCAACUGUGGGAACCUUACAUAGACAGGUGUGUGCCUUUCCAAAUCAUGUCCAAUCAAUUUAAAUUACCACAGAUGGACUCCAAUCAAGUUAUAUUAACAUCUCAAGGAUGAUCAAUUGUAACAGGAUUGCACCUGAGCUUAAUUUCGAGUCUCAUAGCAAAGGGUCUGAAUACUUAUGUAAAUAAGAUAUUUCAGUGUUUUAUUUUCUAUACAUUUGCAAAACAAUGUAACAAAAAAAACUUCGUAUUGUGUAUAGAUUGAGGAAAACAUUUCAUUUAAUAAAUGUUUGAAUAAGGCUGUAAUAUAACUGUGGAAAAAGUCAAGAGGUCUGAAUACUUUCCAAAUGCACUGUACAAUCUUGCGUAAAAAAAACAUUUAAUUAAUUUGCUUUGGUCAGCUCAUCUGGUGUGUACAAGGAUUUUUUUGCAGGGUUCAUGUUGGUGAUUGUGUCAAUAGGAGGGCCAACAGGAGGGCCUCUAAAACUUUCAGUUGGCAACUGCACCACUGGUCACGCCAAUCACCUAAGCCCAUUUUGAUCCAGAAAAAAACAUGGGGAUGUUACAAAUAGCUAGGCUAUCUGGGUGAAAGUGCUGUUUUUAAAACUACUGUAUUCCUAUGUCCUCCUGCUCUCACCUAGAGAUUUGAUGAACUACUUCAGUUGGCCUCGAAGGGGCAGCACACAAGCGUUGACAUGCUUGUCAAAGACAUCUACGGGGGAUCUUAUGGGUCCUUGGGCUUGACUGGGGACCUUAUAGCAAGCAGCUUUGGAAAAUCUGCUACUGCUGACAAAGGUAAAGAGAGAACAGAGCCCUUGCAGUACGUUUAUUCUUUGGCACCAUAACCUGUUUUUCAUUGCACUGUCUUCAGGAGUGGACUCCCUGGCAUGCGAGCUACCAGUGGAGGCUGGUGGGAGGAGCUAUAGGAGGAUGGGCUCAUUGUAGUUGCUGAAAUAGAUUUAAUGGAACGGAGUCAAACGUGGUUUCCAUAUGUUCGAUGCGUUUGAUACGUUCCAUUUAUUGUAUUCCAUUCCAGCCAUUACAAGGAGCCCAUCCUCCUAUAGCGCCUCCCACCAGCCUCCACUGCUAAAUACUGUAAUGUAGGCUACAUUCCUGUUGAGCACUAACUGAUUGAUUGACCUCUUACCCAGUUGCUGUGGCCUUGUCCCCUCUAGGCUGUGUGGUUACUGUUACUGUUGAGAAAUAGAUGAGGCAGACAGCCAUGGAGGCAAAGCAAGCCACUCAUUCACUCACUCUAUUAGAUCGUUUAUGUUUUUAAUGUAGUGCGAAAUAAUACCUGACACUAACUGUCAAUACAUAAACCAACACUUUACUUACUUACUUCAAUGGGAUCUGGGCUUGUUGUCUAGAGUGACUCCAUGUUUCUGGAGCUUCACUUGGCAGUAUGUUGACUUUUGUUUCCUCCUGAAUCAGAGUUCUCUAAAGAAGACAUGGCUAAGAGCCUGCUCCAUAUGAUCAGCAAUGACAUUGGGCAGCUGGCCUGCCUCUAUGCCCGGCUCCACAACUUGACCAGGGUCUACUUUGGGGGCUUCUUCAUCCGAGGACACCCUGUCACUAUGCACACCAUCACUUACAGUAUCAACUUCUUCACCAAGGCAAGCCCCCCCACCAAUGUACCUCCUUAGCAAGCAUUUCUUUCUCAAUCCAUGUUUUGCUCUCAGGUACAUUUGAUUGAGCUCAAUAUUUACCCCUGACAGAGCUGGAUCUGAUGUCAGCUGACUAAAAUCAGGGAUAUGUCCCUUGGGCCUAGUUCAGAGCUUGAAAACCAGCAAUCAAAUCUGCCUUGCAGUAUUUACACAGUAGCAUGGAAAUAUACCCUUUUUCCUGAGUUCAAAUGUAUUCAGAAUGUUUUUGGGUGCUGUUACACAGCAGGUAGACUCCAGUCACCUCACAGGUAAAUUAUUUCAAUUUUCAGAUGGAGACAUUUGUGUGGGCAGUUAAAAUAUAACACAUAAACAUUGAUAUGACAGUUUGAUUAUAUUGUGCCCAUAGGCUACUUUUAAAUGAUACAAUUUGUAAGUAUAAUGAGAGUUUAUUCCUUCUGACUGGAUAUGUAUAUUGUGUUUUUGCAGGGUGAAGUCCAGGCGCUCUUCCUGAGGCAUGAAGGCUAUCUGGGGACUAUUGGUGCCUUUCUCAAGGGAGCAGAGGAAGACAGUAAGUGGAGAUGCUUUCAAAUGUUUUCCUCUAUGGAAUUUCUUCAUGACAGAAAGUGGCACAGGCAGCCAUGGCUUAUUACACUCUAGGUUUGGUAAGCAUUUUCCUGUUGAUGGGAAGUUCUUUCUUUUGAGGCAUUGUCUCCCGAGUGGCGCAGUGGUCUAAGGCACUUCAUCGCAGUGCUAGCUGUGCCACUAGAGAUCCUGGUUCAAAUCCAGGCUCUGUCGUAGCCGGCCGCGACCGGGAGACCCAUGGGGCGGCGCACAAUUUGCCCAGCGUCGUCCAGGGUAGGGGAGGGAAUGGCCGGCAGGGAUGUAGCUCAGUUGGUAGAGCAUGGCGUUUGCAACGCCAGAGUUGUGGGUUCGAUUCCCACGGGGGGGCCAGUAUAAGAAAAAACGAUAUAUGCACUCACUAACUGUAAGUCGCUCUGGAUAAGAGCGUCUGCUAAAUGACUUAAAUGUAAAAUGAGUCUUAUUCACUGUUAUUAUAAUUGUCACUUGAUCUAGAUCCUAACCAGUACAGUUGGGGGGAGAACUAUGCUGGGAGCUCUGGCCUGAUGAGUACCUCUCCAGACCUGAACCCCAUGCAACGUGCACGCAGUGGAACUGUAAGUCCUUUGGAGAAGAAAAUAUGAAAAUAUUUAAGGUCAGCUUUUGACCACUAGGGUGCGCUCAUAACCCACUUGUUGCAAUUUAAUUUAGGUGACAUUUCAUUCACCAUUUGAGCUAUUUCCCCCACACCUCCCUAUUUUAUCUGAUUUCUGAGAUAAUUGUGUAUAUGAUGUUUUCUGUGGAAAUGUCACCACCGCUGUCCUUUUAAAAUCCACAGGCCUGGUGUGACAUCCUUCAUUUAUCAUUUCAAUCUAACAUUUGGUUGUUUUCAUCUCUUCUCUUCAUAUCCACCAUCUCUUACCUCUGUUUACCUACUGUAACCCUUUCCUUCAGUUUCCCGUAAGUACUUCCCCAUGCUCUCUGUGUAGUGGUUUGAUUUGGGCUAUAUAUUUCCUCAUGUUUCUGGCUUUGUAUCUCUACACCUGCCCCAACAUUCACAUUGGGUUAAAUAAGGUUUCAGGGAGACAGUUGUGGCAUUAACUGCUAUAUGCCAGCCUUUUACUUUCACAUCGUAUUACUUAAGAUCCUUUGAAGUGUUGCUUUAGGUAGUCACUGUUUUGAAUUGUGUUGUAACGUGUUAUAACCAACCUUCUACUUACCUGUGACACUGGAGAAUAGUAAUCAGGUCUGUUCACCUUAAACAUUGUGCUUGAUAGCAUUCUCACGGCACUGACUGGUGUGAGGAGUCAGUAUAGGCUACUUCUAAACUUUGAUACUUUGGUGUGUGUGUCUACUGCACAAGCAGUGUACUUGUCCCUGAAUGAUAUGGAGCUUGACACAUGCUAUUGUCAGCUCAGCUCACUGACCACUAGGUGGUGUAUUGAAAACAGAUAUUGGCAUUUUGCGAUGUUUGAAGGAGUCGGGUCGCUUUGGUUUCACUUUGAUAUGUGCAUGAGUGCGUUAGCCCAGCACUAUGUACAGUGCUUAGUGUGUCUCCUGUCCGGCUCCAGUUUGACAUGUUGGAGAUGGACCGUCUGGAGAGGCAGCUGGUGAACCUGCCCCUGCUGCAGGACCCUUCCUCCUACAUCCCAGACACAGUGGACCUCUCAGAGGACGCCCUCGCACGGGAGUACUGGCUCUACUGCUUUGAGGAGGCCCUGGAUGGGGUAAGAGGCAGAGCAUCUUCCACUUGUCUACUCAUCAAAACACACAUUGCAUUCAUUGACACAGCGAGUCUUCAUCCUUGUUGCUUUUAAAAUUGCUGAUCUGGGUGAUGUGCUUCGGACAGGUAGUAAAGAGAGCUGUGGCCAGCCAGCCUGAUCUUCCAGAGGCUGCUGAACGAGCAGAGAAGUUCCGGCACAAGUACCUGCAUAAGCUGCAGACCCUCCGCCACCAGCCUUUGUAAGGGGAGCCCCAGCAUCUAAAUGCCACAGCUGCAGAUCGUUUUCAAAGGCUGUAGACUACUAGAGCUGUUUCUUGAUCAUUUAUGUAGAUGCAUAUCUCUGAAGGCCUCCUAGUAGUGGAUGAGAUUGACUCUUGUACAUGAUGAAGUCUCACUGUUCCCUCUGCAAUCUGUAUGUGUUUCUGUCUGCUAAUGUAGAGUACUUCUCUUCUCACCUCUAGUGCUUAUGGAUCCCUCACUGUCAGAAGUCUGUUAGACACAAGAGAACACUGUUUAAACGAGUUCAACUUCCCUGACCCCUACUCUAAGGUUUGACUGGAUUCUAUAGCUCUUUUCUAUAGCUCUCUUUUUCUCUGUUCACGGUUCUCAAUAGUGCUUCUCUUUUUCUGGUCUUGAUUUACCUUAAAGGCUGAGUCAUCUGAUGAUGAAGCUUACAUGUGUGGUCUUGGGUGCAUUUUAAUGUCGUUUCAUGUCCACUUGCCUUGAUUAGUGUCUGUGUCUUUAUAUGAUUUGCUAAUGUGGUAGAUUAGCUGUGAGAAGUGGGAGGAGGCUUCUGUGUCUCAGUUUUGUCUUCAUCUCUCCCACAGAUCAAGCAGAGGGAGAACGACAUGGCCCUCAAGUACUUCCAGAAGGCAGUCAAAUCCCUGGAGGAGCUGAGCUGGGAGCAGAGGCAGUUUGCCCUGGUCAGGGGCCUCCUGGCUGGGAAUGUCUUCGACUGGGGAGCCAAGGCUGUUUCAGAGUGAGUCUUAAUGAGUCUGUACUCCUAAAGUUUGGACUAUGAAGGAUUAUUAUGACAAAAAUUCUGGCUAUAUAUAUAUUUCUUUCUUUCUUUUCUUGAGAAUACAUGGCAAUUUUGGAUGAACAAAGACUGUCGCUCAUGCUCACAUUUUCACUUAGUGUUCUGGAGUCUGAUCCGGAGUUUGGCUUUGAACAGGCGAAACGGCAGUUGGAAGGUAUGAAAGCCCUUGUUGACUGGGAAAACAUUUGGAUAGCUGUUUAAAUGGAUCCAACAUUUUAUACUGCUGCUGUAACCUAUGUAGGCUACAUAAUGACAGUCCCAUUUUCUCCAUAGAGCGGCCGUGGCUUGUCGAUGCCUAUGACCAAUGGCUCGAGAGACUGAAGGUAAGAAUUGAAACUAUGUUUCCUGAAGUUAGUGUUUCAAUUUUGUGAUUAUAUUAGCUGUAUUCUGAUUAUGGACCACAUCCUAACUUCAGGUCCACAGAAGUUCUAUGCCUGGAUCUCAAUUUAGGAUUUGUCCCAAAGAUGUGUAUGACUUGAUGCUUUGGAACAGUAAUUGAAUACCAUGCCUACUGGCUUUCUUUUGCAGGGCCCACCUCAUAAGUGUGCAUUAUUUUUCGUAGAUAAUAGUGGAAUAGACAUCAUACUGGGAGUGUUCCCAUUUGUCAGAGAGCUUCUCUGCAGGGGAACAGAGGUAAGGAACCACACCUUCCGUCCCCUAAUAUCUUGAAAUGCUGUCACCUUCACCACCCCUUCAAAUACACACUGCGUUUAAUAAAACAAGAUGACCGCAGCCAGAUUAAAUUUGUUCCACUUUAUGAUAUUUUCGGUCUUUGACACCCUGCGUUUGCUGUUUUCCAGGUAGUCCUUGCCAGCAACUCAAGCCCAGCUCUGAAUGAUGUGACAAACAAUGAGCUGCAGAUAUUGACUGAAAGAAUAGCUGCAAUGGAUUCAGUCAUACAGUGAGUAUUUUAGCACUGCAUUUGUGACUGGAUUAUGGAUCCAUGGUCCUUUUCCACCAUUUCAAUGUCAUUUCAUGUGUUUUUCAGGUCUGCUGUGAAGGAGGACAGGUUGAAGCUAGUCCAGAGUGGCUCCAGCUCUCCUUGCUUAGACUUAAGGUUUGUUUUAUUUCCUAUGCAUUAAUUAUAUUUCAACAUAACAUAUCUGUGUUAACUGUUUAAAAACAACCUUACUGCAAGAAUGUCCACCAGAGCUGUUGCCAGAGAAUGUAAUGUUAAUUUCUCUACCAUAAGCCACCUCCAGCGUCGUUUUAGAGAAUUUCGCAGUAUGUCCAACCGGCCUCACAACCGCAGACCACAUGUAACCACGCCAGCCCAGACCUCCACAUCAGGCUUCUUCUUCACCUGCGGGAUCGUCUGAGACGAGCCACCCGGACAGCUGUUGAAACUGAGUUUGCACAACCGAACAAUUUCUGCACAAACUGUCAGAAACCGUCGUCUUGCUCGUCGUCUUGACCUGACUCCAGUUUCGGCGUCGUUACCAACUUCAGUGGGCAAAGGCUCAACUUCGAUGGCCGCUGGCACGCUGGAGAAGUGUGCUCUUCACAGAUGAAUCCCGGUUUCAACAGUACCGGGCAGAUGGUGUCGUGUGGGUGAGCAGUUUGCUGAUAACAUUAUGAACAGAGUGCCCAAUGGUGGCAGUGGGGUUAUGGUAUGGGCAGGCAUAAGCUACGGACAACAAACACAAUUGCAUUUUAUUGAUGGCAAUUUGAAUGCACAGAGAUACCGAGAUGAGAUCCUGAGGCCCAUUGUCGUGUCAUUCAUCCGCCGCAAUCACCUCAUGUUUCAGCAUGAUAAUGCACGGCCCCAUGUCGCAAGGAUCUGUACACAAUUCCUGGAAGCUGAAAAUGUCAGUUUUUCCAUGGCCUGCACACUCACCAGACACGUCACCCAUUGAGCAUGUUUGGGAUGCUCUGGAUCGACAUGUAUGACAGCGUGUUCCAGUUCCCACCUAUAUCCAGCAACUUCGCACAGCCAUUGAAGAGGAGUGGGACAACAUUCCACAGGCCACAAUCAAUAGCCUGAUAAACUCUAUGUGAAGGAGAUGUCGUGCUGCAUGAGGCAAAUGGUGGUCACACCAGAUACUGACUGGUUUUCUGAUCCACGCACCUACCUUUUUUAAAGAUAUCUGUGGCCAACAGAUGCAUAUCUGUAUAUUCCCAGUCAUGUGAAAUCCAUAGAUUAGGGUCUAAUGUAUUUCAAUUGACUGAUUUCCUUAUAUGAACUGUAACUCAGUAAAAUCUUUGCAAUUGUUGCAUGUUACAUUUAUAUUUUUGUUCAGUGUAGUUUCUUAAGUAAUUUAUUAUAAUUUACAUGUUUAAGGUUAUUCUUGUAAAUGUGUUAAUUUCUCUCUCCACCUCAGCCGUCUGGACAAGGUGUUGGCUGGGGUUGUGCGGGAGCGCCACACAGACCUGGUGAUCAUCGAAGGUAUGGGCCGGGCCAUCCACACCAACUACUACGCCAUGUUGAGCUGUGAGAGCCUCAAGAUGGCCGUCAUCAAGAACUCCUGGCUGGCUGACCGGCUAGGAGGCAAGCUAUUCAGUGUGGUCUUCAAAUAUGAGGUGCCACCAGGCCACAAACCCACCACCCUGGAUCAUGUUCCAGUGACGCCUUCAUGA